UAACGAACAUUUUCCAUUUCACAUAGAUAAGCGCACUUGUUGCCUAUCGUCGCGCCGGGAUUAGGGUAGAUUUUCUUUAAAAAACCACUCGCAAACAGCGAGUUCAAGCAUUCGACGCUCUGCUCUCAGCACCUCAGCACCUCCCAAGUCUUAUCACUGAGCUACUGCGAUCAAUCCGCUUCGCUUCCCUCGUUGUCAAUAUUGAGUUUAAAUUCCGGCAAGCAGUCGAGAUGGAUCUAAUGGCUAUGGAUCACGACCACGAUCACGGCACCUCGGACACUGAUGACACUACCAAAUCCUGUCCCAUGAUCAUGGUGUUCCAUGGCGGACACUGCGAAAGGAUUUUGUGGCGCGGUUGGGUGGCUUAUACUGUCACCGAAUUCGUCCUCUCUGCCCUCGCCAUCUUUGUGGUGUCCUUCCUGUACGAGGCGCUGAAGUUCCUGCGGCAGCACCUAGCUCGCCGGGAGGCUCGGAAGGAAAGUGAACGCUUGGCGGUAGAGCAGCGCCGGAAGAACGAGAACCCCCCUGCAGGAGGAUGUUGCUCGGAAACCCCAUUGGCUGAGCCUAGGGAUCAGACCUAUUGGCAGCGAUUGUUCGCCUCAUCCCACAUUAUUCAAGCCCUUCUGAACCUGGUGCAGAUCGUCAUAUCCUAUCUGCUCAUGUUGAUCUUCAUGACUUUCAACUAUUGGCUCUGUUUGGCGGUAAUAUUGGGCCUUGGUCUGGGAUACUUUUUCUUCGGAUGGAACAAGAAGAAUCCCGACGAAAGCGAGUGCUGUCCUUAGGCCAAAGUGCACCCAAUAUUUCGAUGUUUGGUUGCUUUGCUGUUGAUUAAUUAUAAAAGCCCUUUUAUGACUCACACAUCAGUAGUCCGUCCCCAAAAUAAUACCAGAAAUUGUCUAAAAAUACAAUUUUAUUCGGUAAUUACACUUGCAUUAAUUUUAAUUGAUGUAAUCGUAGCAUAAAUUAGUCAACUAAUUUACUUAAUGAGCAUAUUGUACAAAUAGUAGUUAUGAGAACGAGAACCUAUACAACAAGUAUGUAUCCAUACGACGUACCACUCAAUACUUUCCAUUUUAUAAUAAAGUUUUUAUUAUUUUA